CUCCUCUGCCUUCUCUCAGGGUCCCACAGCUCUCCAGGAGGAUGAUGGCGUCCUGCGCAAGGCGCCCUCGCCGUCCCUGCCUCCCCGAGAGGCGCUUUUCUUGGCGCUUGGUCGGGAUUCUUUUGGUAGCCCCAGUGCUCCUGCUCACUCUAAAUUCUGAUGCCUGUGGUGACCCACCAAAAUUCGAAACUAUGAAGCUCAAGGGUACCCCUAAAAAGUAUUAUGAAGUUGGGGAGAGAAUAUAUUAUGAGUGUCAUCAAGGGUACUUCACUGUAUUUCCCGUCAUGGCUUACUGUGAGCAAAAUCACUCAUGGUAUCCUCUCCAAGAAGCUUGUAUGAAAAAAUCAUGUCAGAAGCUAACACUCGAAAAUGGCGAAGUUGUCGCCCCAAAUGUAACCUUCUCAUUUGAUCAUGAAGCUCACUUUUAUUGUGAUGAGGGUUACUACUUACUUGGACACCAAGUUAUAGUUUGUAAACUUCGUGGAAAUGAAGUGCAUUGGAGUGACAAACCCCCAGAAUGUAAAAAGAUUUACUGCCAACCACCUGCAGCAAUAAGAAAUGGAAAAUACAGCAACAGCCACAGAACUAUAUUUGAAUAUAAUGAAUUAAUAACUUUCACUUGUAAUCCUUCAGAAGGAUCAGAUGAAUUUUCACUUGUUGGAGACAGCAAACUUAUUUGUAUUGGGAAUAACAGGUGGAGCAGUGACCCUCCUCAGUGUAAAGUGGUCAAAUGUGAACAUCCAGUACUUGUGAAUGGAAGACUGGUAUCAGGAGUCAGAGAAAAAUAUUCCUACCAAGCAGUGGUUCUAUUUGAAUGCCUCCCGGGUUUUUAUCUUAAUGGCAGCAACCCAGUGUUCUGUGGUGAGAAAAAUACUUGGGAACCUGAUAUGCCGACAUGUAUUAAAGGUUUCAAGCCUACUCAUCCAACCAAACCUCCAGUUUCAAAGUAUCCAGGCUAUCCCGAGCCCAAGGAAUCAGUAUUAUUAGAAGAAUUUGAAGAAUUAGACGCAGGUAUCAUUGCUGUGAUUAUUCUUACUAUCCUUGUUGGCCUUGCAGUACUUUGCACCUGCCUGUACAGAUGUCUUCAAAGAGAGAGGAAAAGGUAAAUUAAAGGACAUUUCUUCUAACUUA